AUGGCCAUCCUGGGUCAAGUUUGCUUGAAUGCUUUGGUCUCACACCCGUCACAUCUGGUGUCUUUUCAGCUUUUGGCAGCGGCCCAGAGCAUUUCUCGGCUGGCUCAUGGGACUGAUGGCGUUGACUGGGACCGUCACUUGCAGCUCAACGUUGUGGAAUGGAAUCCCAAAGCCUAUGCGUUAGAGAGUGGAUGCAAAUACUAUGUGCUACUGCAGAUUGAUGGUGACCUGGUUGCCAGCACGCGCGCGCUAGCUGAGGACCGGCCAUUUUGGCAGGAAGAUGUGCGUGUCCGGAUCCCAGAGGACUUUGAGCUGAUUCGGCUUGUCCUAUAUGCGCGCAGUGAGCGGACCAAAGAUGAACCCAUUGCCAUGGUGACCUUGGAUAAGCGAGAAAUGCUGGCCGAGGGCCCGUUGGACAAGUGGCUGCCGUUGCGAGUCAUGGGCAAGGUCAAUAUUGACAUCGAGAUCCAAGCCCAUCGUGACAUUCAAGAGCCAGCGUUCCAACGCGCCGCCAUGGCACCAGACACUCUGAUGGCAAAAAUCAUGAUCAUUGAGGGCGCCACGUUCAGGCUCCCGAACCUCUAUGCCCUGAUUACCCUAGAUCAGAACGCCGUCAGCGGUGUCUAUCUCCAUACGCCCGAUGCUGUUUACAAACACGCCGAGCAAGUGUGCCACACCAAAGUUUUCCGACGUGAUCGCGACCCUAUUUGGUGUGAAACCUUUGUUCUUCCCGUCACCCCCAAGCAGAUUGGCGUAGCACCUGUUGUGCGCGUUUCCGUGUGGCAAGCAUUGGAAGAUCAAGAUGACCGUCUUCUUGGCUUCUCAGUGGUACCAAUAGAGUCCAAACACUUGGCUACCACGCGUGCGACACGUUGCAAGAGCGAGGGCGCUGCCUCCACACUGGGAGCUCUUGGUGAAUGGUUUGCCGUUCAAAGUGAAACUCUGCAACAACAGGUAUUGCUCCUGCUAGAGAAAGUUAAAGAAGAGACUGCGGAGGUGUUGCCUGAGCUUGGAUCCUUGCGCAUCAAGGCGGUGCUGGCCGAGUUGCAGCUACUUCCCAUUGACAAUUACGAAUGCUUGCAAACAUUUUUGCGUGAAGCUUUGGAGUAUGAACCCUUUCAUGAGUCGCCGAUUCUAGAGUUGGCCCAACGGGUUAAAAAUUUGGAAAAGCUGGCUCGCACCCUCCUCUUGGCAUACCAGCAUCUUGAUCGUGAUAUAGAGUUUGCGAUCAAGGUGGCGCAACACGACAUCGAUCAAUGUUCGAGCGCGCCCACGCUAUUCCGUGGCAACACCUUGGCUACCAAAGUGGUCGAACAAUAUUUGCGCAUGAACGGCAGCAACAUGUUGUGGUACACCCUCAGUCAAGUCCUCAACGAAGUCCUUACUCAUGAGGUGGCUUUGGAGAUCAACCCUGACCUUGUGAGCUCACCCGCCGUCUUGGAGCAGAACCAGUUUCAACUCAAGCAGCUCGUUGAACAGGCCUUGAUCGACAUGGUAUCAUCUACCUCUAUGGUCACCGAUGACAUCAAAGUGAUCAUGACGGCCAUAGCAACAAAAGCCCGCCAAAGAUUUCCAGAGGAUUCCACCACACCGUUGCGGGCUGUGAGCGGCUUUAUCUUUCUUCGGUUUUUUGCGGCCGCCAUUCUCAAUCCGCAGUCGUUUGACCUCUGCCAAGUCAUUCCAACGCCGGCCGUCAAGCGCACUCUCACCCUGAUUUCCAAGCUGGUUCAAAGCCUGGGAAAUCUUGGCACCGAAAGCAACCUGAAAGAGGCUUUUAUGAAAGACAUUUUGAAGAACGUGCAUGAGCGCCAGAGUGGCCGGGUUCGCUUUUUCCUAGACAAAUUGUCCUCAUUGAAGGACCAUGAGAGUGCAACGCGUCGACUCAGCUCAGCAUAUCGGCCUGCCGGCAGCCUUCUGGCUGUCAUUAAAGAAGGUUUCUUGACCAAGCGAGGCCUUGGUCGAAAGAAGAGCGUCAUGGGCAUGAACGUGAGCGGUCUCAAAAACCUCAAGCGACGCUUUGUCAUCCUCAGCAAUGAAGGGCUAUCUUAUCACAAGGAUAAAGGUGGCCCGGCUCUGGGCAAAUUUACGCCUCAAGACAUUAUUGGCGUCGAGCUGGCCCAGGAAGACGCUUUGGGCGAGUUUGCUUUUCAGGUGCUGCUGGCCAAGCAACAACCUCUGUACCUGGCGGCCGAAAACGCGGUGGAUCGCACAGAAUGGAUUUUGUCCUUGCGCCGCUACUGCGAGAACAACAUGGGGCUUAGCCCCACGUAUCACCCAGGCCUGUAUGCGGGAGCCUGGACAUGCUGUGCUAGCCGGGAUGACGAGGCCCCGGGUUGUCGGCCUUGCACACGGGAAUCGAGCGAGCGCUUCCCACGACUGCGGGGAUUUGAGCGUCCGGAACUGCGUUUGACGAUGGAACAGGUAUAUCAGUUCUGCCUUGAGGCACAAGGGGCCCUGCAAGCUGAGACACACAAAACUGUUACCCCUGGUCUGGGCACCUUUGUCAGCGUGACCCAACGCUUGUAUUUGCUUCAUGAGGAAAAGAACAAAACAUGCCAUCGGCGUGUGCUGUUUGUCGGCGGCCUUUUGGCUGGCUCACCAACCGCGAGGGUGUCUGUGCCGUCUGCGGGUGCUACUUGUGCCAUGCAUGCGCACAGCAAAGCCGAGGCAAACAACACCAAUGCAGCUGUCGCGUCAGCCUCUCAACAGCAGCAUGCAGGCCAGCAACAGCAACAGCACCUGGAUCAGCUUCCCCGCUGGCUGCGCGAGCAAUAUGAGCGUCGUGGUGUGGGCUCAAGGUCUUUUCAGCCCCAGGCUCUGAGUCCAGCCCGACAACUAGCUCACAAUCCUACACAUGUGCCUGCCAAUGCCUCGCAACCCACACCUCAAGCAGACAUCAUGCUUGAGACUGACUCAGCGUGUGACCAGGCGCUUCCUUCGUCUUCCCUACCCUCCGUGCCGCAAGCGCAGAAAGGUGACGCGGCUCCAUUUGAGCAACCAGCAUCCAUUCCCACUAUGGACGAGCUGCAGCGACGCUUGGAAGCCUUACGUGCCGACAGGUCACCGCAACCAGCCUCAGCCCACAAGACGGUCGAUGCGGGCGCAAGACUGCAAGCGCGGUUGGAUCAAGUGCGAGGGCAUCAAGGUCCACAACAAGGCCAUGUAUCUUCGGAAGCUGAUCUUGCCGAACGGUUAGCCAAGGUCUCGGGUGGCCAGCGCGUCAUCCAACAUGCACGUGUCAGCGACUGGCAUGAUGCAGCUCAACAGGAAGCAGAUCUGUCCGAGGCUGAAAAGGCUGAUUUGCUCGUGCAGCAAGCCAUGGACGAGGCGCAGCUCGCCCGUGGAGCCGGCCUGCACGCAGACGGCGACGCUGCAUCAAACUGCAGUGACGCUGCCGAUGACUGGUUGGAUGAACAAACUUUACGAGACCUCGCGGCCGGCAAGUGGCCCAUCCAAAAAAUCAACGAGGGAGACUCGGAACCAGGCGCGACCCUCGAUGCCAAGGUUGAACACGACUCGGACCCUAAGGACCUGACUGCAAGCCGCGCAUUACCGGGCGAUGACGGGCCUCUUUCAGCCGAUGCUGACAUGCCGCUCGUCGAUUUGGCCCAGCAAUGGCAACGAGACGCCGAUAAAGCACAGACUUCUAUCAAUUCUGACAAUGCUGAUAUUACCACACUCCUCGGCGAUGCGCAGGGGCUCAUUGCUCAGGGUGACACUGAUCAGCAAAAUGCCGACACACCACAGCAUGAGCGUCAGCGCACGCGCAUCUCGCUCAAGUUCUACAUCAUCAUCAUCAUCAUCCUCUUCAUCGUCAACGUCAAGAUCCACGGCAUCGCUCUCUGUCUCAGUGAGACAUGAGAUGGUGGAUGACACCAGCGUCGCAAAGCUCAAUCAAGCUGCAGCAGACGUGCUCAGAGAGGCCGCGACAUUGACCACACCCAAACAAGACGCUGGCGUGUCAGCUUCAGGAAAUGAGUCGGCUGGCCCAGAUGCGCCAUCGCCAACGUGAGGGCCUGGCCGUUUCAGAGCAUUUUUUGCCUGCAUAUCGCUUCAAUCGCUCGAGCUGUGCUUGCUUGUGAGCGCGUGCAGAUGCAUCUAUGAUUCCCCUUCCUCGCUCUUCUUGUUUGCCAUCUUACUAAUAAAAAUCCCAAAC